GCCGGGGAGGAGCCACAGCGCCAGGGCUCACCUAAGCCGCCAGGAGAGACGCCGACCGGGAGAUGAAGAAACAGCAACCGAGAGAGGAAAAGUAACCAGCAAGGACCCUUUUGUGAAGGAGCAAGACCUGGACCCUCCUGGGCAGGAUAAAGUUUCUGCAGCUUCAAGACAUCGACCAUGGACUUCAGGCGCGUGAAGGAAUACUUCUCCUGGCUCUACUAUCAAUACCAAAUCAUCAGCUGCUGCUCCGUCCUGGAGCCCUGGGAGCGAUCCAUGUUCAACACCAUCUUACUAACCAUUGUUGCUAUGGUCGUCUACACUGCCUAUGUCUUUAUCCCAAUCCACAUUCGGCUGGCUUGGGAAUUUUUCUCAAAAAUAUGUGGCUAUCACAGUGCAGUUUCUACCUGA